AUGGCAACAGUAGAACCAGAGAUUGAAAAGAAGUUUAUUGAAGAUAGUUUAGGUGUAACAAGUCAAUCAUUUGGUGAACAAAUUACACAUACAAUUUGGGUUGAAGCAAAUAAAUCACCAAAUAUUUCAGGUUCAACAUUUAAUAAAAGAUUAAUUGUAGUAGGAAAAUGUAAAAUUCUUUCAAUUAAAAGAGGUGCAUUUGGUAAAUCAGUUGAACUCGAAUUUCAUUUAUAUAAUGUUUCAGAGAUUUGUGCAGAGAGUGAAGACUCAUUUACAAUAAAAUAUAAUGGAGAUAAUAAUGAACAAUUAGGUAUUACAAUGAAAGCUCCACUUGAAAAACUUCAAAUUUUAAUUAGAGCAAUUAGAACAAGUUAUAGAAGAAUCACUUGUGGUUUCCCAGAAACUUCAAUGAUGAAAUUAAAUUUACCUGAAAAUAAAUUAAUAGAUUUUGAAGUACCAUUAAUUAUGUCAUCAGCACAUGGUUUUGUGGAUGGAUAUAUUGCACAUUCAUAUUAUUAUCCAAAAGUUUAUAAAUCAGUUGGUACGUUAGAUUUUAUUAGAUUGAUUGAUGCAUUAUAUUCAAAUGAUGUUACAGAGAUUGAUUUCACACAAAUGGCAGGUAUUGAACCAUCUUCAGAGUUAAGUUUUAAUUUGUUCACAGCAAUUACAAGUUUACGUAAUAAUACUUAUUUCAAAUCUGUAAAUUUAUCUGGUUUACCACAUGCAAAUAUUAUAAGUGCAAUUGGAAUGUGUUUAGAAACAAAUAAAUCAAUUACAAAAUUAAAUUUAUCAAAUUUAAGAGUUGAACAAUCAUUACAACCUUUAGCAAAUGGUUUAGUUAAAAAUCCAAGUAAUGUUAUUCAAGCAUUAGAUUUAUCAAAAAAUAAUAUUCCAUAUCCAAUUAUGGCAACACUUUGUGAAUGUUUUUCUAAAUUUUCACAUGGUUUAGUAAGUUUAAAUUUAUCAAAAUGUGAUUUACUACCAAAAACAAUUUCAAUAUUAUUUGAAUCAUUUGAAAGAAAUUUUGGAAUGUCAUUAGCAAUUAAAUAUUUAAAUUUAUCACAUAAUAAAUUUGGAGAUAUUGGAUCACAAGCAAUUGGUGGAUGGAUGGCAAAGAUUAGAGGAUGUCAUUCAUUGGAUUGUUUAGUUUUAGCCAAUUGUAAUUUGAAUUUUCAAUUGAUGGGACCACCAUUACGUGUUGUCGAUAUAGCAAGAUUAGAUUUAUCAUUGAAUAGAAUCGAUAGAGCAUCAGCAAAGAUUUUAGGUAAUGAAGUAUUCGAUACAGUUGUCAAUUUAUGUGAAUUGAAUUUCAGUGGUUGUGGUAUGAAUGCUGAUUCUUUGGAAGACAUUUUCAUUUCUUUCAAUAGAAAUAGAAAGAUUGCAAAUAUCUCACUCAAUCUAUCACACAAUGCAUUGGGUGCCCGUGAAGCAACAUUAAUGUCAAAAUCAAUUUCAGGUUGUCGUUAUUUGGAGGCAUUGGAUAUCUCAAACAAUCGUUUAAAUUGUCGUUCAUUAAUAGAGCUUUUAAAUGCAAUUAAAAACAUUGAUCAAUUCAAUUUACACGAGUUAAAUAUUGCAAACAAUUACUUUGCACAAGGUCCUGAAGGUGACCUAUUAUGCCAACAAUUGGCUCACCUAAUUAAUACUUUCCCAACCAUUCGUACACUCAACAUCAGUGGUGGUAAAUAUCCAUUGUCAAAGAGUUUAACACCAUUGCUAGAAUCAUUGGUUAAAAAUAAUUCACUCAAGGAAUUGGAUAUCUCUGAUAAUGGUUUAGGUGAUUCAAUGGCUUCAAUCAUUGGUGAGAUGUUAAGAGAAAACACCUCUUUGAUCUAUUUAAAUUUGGAUAAUAAUCAAUUUGGUUUAUCAGGUUGGACUGCAAUUGCUCAACCAUUACUCUUUGAUAUCAAUAGAACUUUAAAUCAUUUAAUCUUCCCAAAAACUUUAGCUUCUGCUUAUACAUCAACACUAAUUCAAAAUUUCGCUUCAACUCUUCAAUCAUUUGGUGCCCUUCCAAAAGAUAAAAGAAAUCAAAUCAUUUCAUUAUUCCAAAAAAUGCAAGAUAAAUUGGCUGAAAAUAGAUUUGAAACUUCUGUAUUGGAUUCAGUUUACGUCUCUGAAUAUUAUAAUAAAACUCCUUACACAGUUCAUAUACCCGAAGAUUAUGUUACACCAUUGGUUGAUGUACCUGAACAUUUAUCUUCAUUACCACCACCAUCUUCACCAACAUUAUUUGAAAGUGUUAAUAAUAGUGGUACAAUUUCAAAUACUACUUCUACUACUACCACUACCGCUGCCACUGUUGUGGCAACCAAUAGUAGUAGUAAUGUUCUUCAACAUUCAAUUAAUAUGAAUAAUGGUGGUAGCAAUAUCAAUACUUCAAAUAGUAGUGUUGGUAGUGUUAAUAAUACAGGCACAACUAAUAAUAAUGUUAAUGGUAAACAACAACAACAACAACAAUUAAAUGGUGCAGGAUCAUCAACCCCAACAGUUUUAGCUGCACCAUCUGGUGAUAGAAAUCAACGUUCAAGAUCAAAUUCAAACUCUUCAACAGCAUCAAGUGUAAUAUCAAAACGUUCAAAUGCAUCAACAAGUGCAGCUCCUCCAAGACAAUUAAUUACACAAACAUCAGAUUGGCAACCAAAUGAAGAAAGUGAAGCCGAUAUUUAUGACACUAGCAAUAACAAUAGUUUUGUUGCAUACAGUACAGAUGAUGAAAGUGAUAACUAUACUCAAGACUCUUAUGAUGAUAAUUCCUCAAGAAAAUCUAAACAACAACAACUAAUGAGAAAAUCUAAACCAAAAUCAAUAAAGUCAAAUGCAUCAGUUUCUUCUGUAAAAUCUUCAGCAUCAAUUAAAUCAGCGUCAUCAGUUAAAUCAGCAUCAUCAGUUAAAUCAACAUCAUCAGUUAAAUCAGCACCAUCAGUUAAAUCCUCAAAUUCAGUUAAAUCCUCAAAAUCCUCACAAAAAGAAGUCCAACCACCACCACCUAUUGUAAUAAAUCAUGAGGAUGAUUCAGAGCAGGAAGAGGAAGAGCAAGAAGAACCAAAAUUAGAACCAUACCACGAAGAAGAAGAAGAAGAAGAGGAAGAAGAAGAAAAUAUUGAAUCUCAAACUGAUCAAGAUGAACAAGUUGAUUUCCAAGAAGAUGAUAACGAAAGAGAAAAUAAUAAUUUAAGUGACUUCCAUAGUGAUUCUCAAAAAGUUUUAUGA